GCAAAUCUGAAGGAAGAGGGAGAGCUCAGCUAAAGAUCUCUUCUCUUCUUCUCUCUCUUCACAUUCAUUUCUUUUCUCUCUCUACUUUUUUCCUCCAACCAAAACCUCUUCUUCAAAUUUCAUCUUCAAAUUUCAGGGCAAAUAGUCAUAUGUUGUAGUUAGUAUCUGCUUACUAUUUAAUUACGGAAUUUACAUUUCCGUAACCUGCAUAUUAUUUCAGAGAUACCUUGAAGCUCUGAGGUGGUUUUGCUCGUUAGAAGUUCUGGACCAUCCUUUGCUAGGAUCCUAGAUGUUGAAAUUACAAUCUGUGGAUCCUAGAUUGGUAGUGGUCAUAGUGGUACUUGAUGGCCUAAUCUGUGAGCAUCCUCUCAUAUUGAUAAAAUUCUUGGAUUGACAGCAGUUAUAUGGCCGCUACAUGCGAGAGGUGGAUUGAUGGCCUUCAAUACUCUUCAAUAUUUUGGCCUCCCCCUCAAGAUGCACAACAACGGAAGGCUCAAAUUACUGCCUAUGUUGAGUACUUUGUUCAGUUCACAUCAGAACAAUUUCCUGAAGAUAUAGCUGAGCUGAUACGGAACCGGUAUCCAUCCAAGGAAAACCGUCUUUUUGAUGAUGUUUUAGCGACUUUUGUUCUUCACCACCCAGAGCACGGACAUACUGUAAUUCUUCCAAUUAUUUCAUGCAUCAUCGAUGGCACACUGGACUAUGAUAAAAGUUGUCCACCUUUCGCUUCUUUUAUAUCAUUGGUUUGCCCAAGCAGUGAGAAGGAAUAUUCAGAACAGUGGGCUCUUGCAUGUGGAGAGAUUCUACGAAUUUUGACACAUUACAACCGUCCGAUCUACAAAGUUGUGCAACAGGGUGGCGAAGCAGACAGAAGCAGCCAAGGAAUCGAUGCUUCAACAAGUAAAUCUGCUGAUAGCGAACCUAGUAUGCCUUCAGUGCAUCAUGAGAGGAAAACGCUGAGGCCGUUGUCUCCAUGGAUUACUGAUAUACUGCUCACCGCACCUCUAGGUAUUAGAAGUGAUUACUUCCGUUGGUGUGGUGGUGUUAUGGGGAAGUAUGCUGCUGGAGAACUAAAGCCACCAUCAACUGCUUCUUCUCGUGGCUCUGGAAAGCAUCCUCAGUUAAUCCCUUCAACUCCGAGGUGGGCAGUUGCCAAUGGUGCUGGUGUUAUUUUAAGUGUUUGUGAUGAAGAAGUUGCUCGUUAUGAGACUGCUACCUUGACUGCAGCUGCCGUUCCUGCUCUUCUGCUUCCACCUCCUACAACACCUAUGGAUGAGCACCUUGUUGCAGGGCUACCAGCACUUGAGCCGUAUGCACGAUUGUUUCAUCGAUACUAUGCCAUUGCUACUCCAAGUGCCACCCAGAGGCUUCUUCUUGGACUUCUAGAAGCUCCACCAUCCUGGGCUCCAGAUGCACUUGAUGCUGCUGUUCAGCUAGUGGAACUUCUUCGAGCAGCUGAAGAUUAUGCUUCUAGCUUGCGGCUUCCUAGGAAUUGGAUGCAUUUGCAUUUUUUGCGUGCAAUUGGAAUUGCCAUGUCCAUGAGAGCAGGCAUUGCUGCGGAUGCUGCAGCUGCUUUACUUUUCCGAGUACUUUCACAGCCUGCUCUGCUCUUUCCUCCAUUAAGGCAAGUUGAAGGAAUUGAAGUUCAACACGAACCACUGGGUGGCUAUAUUUCAUGCAAUAAAAAGCAGAGACAAGUGCCUUUAGCAGAAGCCACAGUUGAAGCCACUGCGCAAGGGAUUGCAUCAAUGCUUUGUGCACACGGCCCUGAGGUUGAAUGGAGAAUAUGUACCAUAUGGGAAGCUGCUUAUGGCUUGAUUCCUUUGACUUCAUCAGCUGUUGAUCUACCUGAAAUUAUAGUUGCCACCCCUCUGCUACCACCUAUUUUAUCAUGGAACCUGUAUAUGCCACUACUAAAGGUUCUUGAGUAUCUUCCUCGUGGGAGUCCAUCUGAAACUUGCCUCAUGAAAAUAUUUGUGGCCACAGUAGAAGCAAUUCUUCAGAGAACAUUCCCAUCUGAGUCCUCUAGAGAGGAAAUCAGAAGAAACAGAUACAACAUGUUUGGACCUGCCUCCAAAAACCUUGCUGUGGCAGAAUUGCGAACAAUGGUUCAUUCAUUGUUCUUGGAGUCGUGUGCUUCUGUAGAGCUUGCUUCUCGGCUUCUUUUUGUUGUAUUAACUGUAUGUGUCACCCAUGAAGCAAAAACAAAUGGGAGCAGAAGGCCUGUAGGUAAAGAUCCUCACCAUGUUAGUGCAAUGGGUUCAGACUCGCUGGAAGUUGGUGGAAAGCAGAAAGAAAAAAUUCCCAAGAAAUUGAAAAAACAAGGACCUGUUUCAGCAUUUGAUUCUUAUGUUCUUGCUGCUGUCUGUGCUCUUUCAUGUGAACUUCAACUCUUUCCUUUGCUUUCAAGAGGGAGUAGUUAUUCGGAUCCAAAAUCCAUCCUGGUUGCUGCAAAGCAUGCUAAUGAUUCGUCUAUGGAGUUAAAAAAUGGGAUUCAUUCUGCUGUCUGUCACACUCGGAGGAUAUUGACAAUUCUGGAGGCUCUUUUCUCUUUGAAACCAUCAUCUAUUGGAACUUCAUGGAGCUACAGCUCAAAUGAGAUAGUUGCUGCAGCUAUGGUAGCUGCUCAUAUUUCUGAUCUGUUUAGACACUCCAAGGCUUGCAUGCAUGCUCUUUCGGUCUUAAUACGGUGUAAGUGGGAUAAUGAAAUUCUCUCCAGAGCAUCUUCACUGUAUAACCUCAUUGAUAUCCAUAGUAAAGUUGUUGCAUCAAUUGUCGACAAGGCCGAACCAUUGGAAGCACACCUAGUACCUGUUCCUGUUCUUAAGAAAAGAAGCUCGGGCUUGAAUGGGAAAAAACAUAAUAAAUAUAGCAAUUGCACCUGCUUAACUGCAGAACAGUCAUCCUUGCUCGAGUGCAAACACUCAACUGAUUGUAAAACUUUAACUAUGAGUGAGAAAGUUUUACACUCAAGCGAGGCUGCACAGUGCACCAGUGGUAAAGGGAUCGCAAGUUUCCCUUUAGAUGCUUCAGAUUUGGCGAACUUUCUGACAAUGGACAGGCUUAUAGGAUUCAAUUGCAAUGCUGAAGAUCUUAUAAAGUCGGUACUCGCGGAGAAUGAGGAAUUAUGUUUUUCUGUUGUCUCGUUGCUGUGGCACAAGUUAAUUGCAUCUCCUGAAAUACAACCAAGUGCGGAAAGCACUUCCGCUCAGCAGGGAUGGAGACAGGUCAUUGACGCACUAUGCAACGUCGUAUCAGCAUUGCCUGCAAAAGCUGCAACAGCCAUUGUUCUUCAGGCGGACAAGGAAUUGCAACCAUGGAUUGCCAAAGAUGAUGAUCUUGGUCAGAAGAUGUGGAGGAUAAACCAAAGAAUUGUAAAAUUGAUUGCAGAAGUAAUGAGGAAUCAUGAUACACCAGAGUCUUUGGUUAUUCUUGCAAGCGCACCAGACCUCCUCUUACGGGCAACAGAUGGGAUGCUUGUAGAUGGAGAAGCAUGCACCUUACCACAGCUGGAGCUCCUGGAAGUGACAGCUAGAGCUGUACAACCAGUGCUUGAGUGGGGAGAAUCUGGAUCAGUAAUCGUUGAUGGUCUGUCAAACUUGUUGAAGUGCCGCUUACCGGCCACAGUUCGUUGUAUUUCUCAUCCAAGUGCUCUGGUACGUGCUCUCAGCAUAUCACUUCUCCGUGCCAUUAUGCAGACUGGUUCAAUAAAAACUAGAGCUAAUCGAGCUGAUGUAAAUGGUAUCCAUGGUCCUGCUUAUAAGUACUUAAACAUUGGCACUAUUAACUGGCAAAGGGAUAUUGAGAAGUGUUUGACGUGGGAAGCUAACAGCCGAAUUGAAAAUGGAAUGUGUACACAGUUUCUUGAUAUGGCUGCUAAGGAAUUAGGGUGUACUAUAUCCAUUUGAUCUAACUUAAUAUAAUUGGGGCAGUAUAUUAGUUUUCUUCCCAUGAUUUUGCCACAUGAAAUUCACAAGAUUAGAAAGUGACCAUCUAUUGGCAUGAGGAUGGAGAAAGGAGAAAGAGCUUUUAGUUACAGUCAGGAAAUGAGAUUAGUGUCCUUUUGACGCAUCCAUGAUCAUGGAAAUAUAGGUAGUCCUUCUCUGGUUGUAUUUUCUUUUCUUUCUUUUUUUUUGGUUCAGUUUAUGUUUGAUGUACACCUGAAUAUGAACAUGAUUGUGGAAAUAUGAUGUAUUAAAUAUUCAGUGUGACCAACAAAAAUGGUGGCUCUAUGUUACCUCCUUGUAAUAACCAUGUCUGAUUUCUUUGCCAGUUUCUUCAGAAAGUUGAUGUUCUUUUUUUCA